AUGACUUCUGCUCUACUCUUGUUUGCUAUCAUCUCGACUGCAGUCGCUGCACAAAUCGGAAGGCGCCAUCCAUAUGGCAUCUACCCUGGACCUAGCAUCACGGCUUCCUCGAGCUCGGUAAGUCAUGUUGAAGCCUCACAAGGAGUGCCGACUUCUGAUCUACUACAGAGCAGCAUGAUAGCCUCGUCUAGCGAGUAUUCAAGUUCCGCUUCGAUGAUCAACAACACAUCAUCUAGCGUGUCAUUGCCUACCGAUACAUCGACUUCUGCUUUUGACACGACUACUUCAUCAUCUUUGUUGACAUCCACUAUGUCAGGACCUCCACUCAGCUUCACUACCAACAGCAACGGAACAUCUGUUCCGGCCACUUCAACUACAUCGACUGAAGGCAGUAGCUCCGAGACUGCGGCAACAACGACGAGCGCCGCGGCUCCUAGAGAAACAACUUGCGUAGCAGUGGCAAUCAACAAUAUCGGAGCCAAUGGUGAGUGCGGCUGCGACUACGACGUAUACACCUGCCUCGAGCGACUGUCCAACCUCAGCGAGUGGAGCAUCUCUCAGACGACCAGCUCAUUCAAUGGCUGCAUGCAAGCUUGUGAUUCACAGCCAACUUGCUACAGCUUCACCUUCCAGAUCAGCAAUGGACUCUGCAGAAUGUUUGGCGGGAUGCUGAAUGGUGGGGAUGGCACAGUAGCUGCUCCAGACUUUAUCUCGGGAGAAGUUGUCAAGGGCACUUGCACUGGCCACUGCGAUGGCUCUUGA